UGAGUAGGAGGUUGAUGAUAGAAAGAAAGGUUAAAGUGGAAGGACAUUGUUGUCGUGCUGUUCCAGCAGUUACUGUUCCAGUGGACUUCGAAGCCGCAGGUAUCAAAUGGUUAUGGAACUCAAACUAAUUCUGAUUCUAACGGUUGUUCUUGCAACUGUCACGGCAGAAUAUGUUCGCCCUCUUCCUCGUAAAACCUUACACAUCCCAUUGGAUUCAAUCUCAAAGUCCCACUCCUCUUACCCCAACCAGGUACACAUUUCUUUGGCAGGAGACAAGCACAUGAGAGUUACCUGGAUAACUGAUGAUAAACAUUCACCUUCAUUUGUAGAAUAUGGAGCAUUACCUGGGAGAUAUGACUCAGUAGCUGAAGGAGAGUGCACCUCUUAUAAUUAUCUGUUAUAUAGCUCAGGAAAGAUACACCAUACUGUAAUUGGGCCUUUGGAAGAUAACACUGUGUACUUUUACCGAUGUGGUGGACAAGGUCCUGAGUUCCAGCUCAAAACACCUCCAGCUCAAUUUCCAAUUACUUUUGCUGUGGCCGGGGAUCUUGGUCAAACUGGUUGGACUGAAUCAACAUUAGCUCAUAUUGACCAAUGUAAACAUGAUGUGUACCUGCUUCCAGGAGACCUUUCAUAUGCUGAUUGUAUGCAACAUCUAUGGGACGCAUUUGGUAAGCUAGUGGAGCCACUUGCUAGUACAAGGCCUUGGAUGGUAACAGAGGGAAACCAUGAAAAGGAGAACAUACCAUUGUUAAAGAAUGGGUUUGUAGCCUAUAAUUCCAGGUGGAAAAUGCCAUUUGAGGAAAGUGGAUCACCUUCAAAUCUCUAUUAUUCUUUUGAAGUUGCAGGUGUUCAUGUUAUCAUGCUUGGCUCCUAUGCAGAUUAUGAUGAAUACUCAGAACAAUACACAUGGCUAAAGGUGAAUCUUUCAAAAGUGGACAGGGAAAGGACACCUUGGCUGCUUGUGUUAUUUCAUGCGCCAUGGUAUAAUAGUAACAAGGCUCAUCAAGGUGCAGGGGAUGAUAUGAUGGCAGCUAUGGAGCCAUUGCUUUAUGCGGCUAGUGUUGAUUUAGUUCUUGCUGGUCAUGUUCAUGCUUAUGAACGUUCGAAACGUGUGUUUAAUGGAAGAUUGGAUCCCUGUGGUGCUGUCCAUAUAACUGUUGGUGAUGGAGGAAACAGAGAAGGCUUAGCUCAUAAGUAUAUAAACCCACAGCCAAAGUGGUCAGAAUUCCGCGAAGCCAGUUUUGGUCAUGGUGAGCUGAAGAUUGUAAAUUCCACUCAUGCCUUCUGGAGUUGGCACAGGAAUGAUGAUGAUGAGUCGGUGAUAGCUGAUGAUAUAUGGAUAACCUCUUUGGCCAGUUCAGGAUGUGUUGAUCAAAAGAGACACGAACUCAGGAGUAUGCUUAUGACACCCUAAAAGCCCUAGUUCUGCUGCUGUCAUUCGUUAACUGGGUGGAUUAGCAAUAGUUUGAUAUAUGUAGAAAAUGAGACAAUUCCAAAGAUUAGUAUAUAAGAUUAUUAGCAGCUUGAGUAUGCUGGGCUUGUGUCAGGCUGUCAGCAGAGUCAGUAGUCUGAGGUAUUUCAGUACAUAACUGCUGGUUGUACUUGUAUUUAAAUACUUAGGACUUGGAAUAGUCUGGAAAUGGAGUUUAUGGCUUGUUAUCUAUUUACAAUUCACAAUAUUGGUUGUAUUGUCUGAAGAUUGGUUUCUAUAUAGGAAAACUAAAACUCGUUUGCUUAG